AUGAAUCCUUCUAGAAAAUCAAAGAAACGUGCGAUUGAAAAAAUAAACACAAUUAGUACAAAUACUAAAAAAACUCACAAUAAUCAAGAAAUAAGAGGUCGCAAAAAGAAAGUACAAGAAACUGAAAUUAUAGAUAAUCGCAAAAGUAAUACUAUUAAAGGAACUGAACAAAGUUAUAAGAGUUACAAAGGGAAAAAAGUUAUCACUUCACAACCACAAAUAAUUGAUGAACUUUUGAAUGAUAGUGAUAGUUCAAAUGAAGAUAACAAUGAUGUUCUAAAUGAGGGUAAUAAUAAUUCAAAUGAAGAUGACAAUAGGAAUAAUAAUGAUGUUUUAAAAGAGAAUAGUGAUAAGGCUUAUGAAGCUAUUACAUCUUCAAGACCGAUACCAAUUCUAGAAAAAGAAGCUACUAGACUAAUGUCAGCUCUAAAAAUGGAAACAAAUAGAAGAUCAAUAUCAGUUCUAGAAGAAAUAAUUUCUAGACUGUCAAAAAAAGGUUUUUUGAGAUUGAAUUCAAGAUCUCUAUCGGAUGUCAAUAGUCAAGAUGAUAACUAUUUCACUCCUUCAAAGAGAAGAACAAAUAGUCCUAAUUAUUAUGAUCCCUCAAAUAGAGCAUUAUAUUCAAAACCUAUAAGGCUAUCACCUUUGAGUCAAGAGCAAAUAUAA